AUGGCGACACGGGCACCAGCUGUGGCAUGUAUAGGCAUCAUUGGAAAACAGAACAACCCCCUCCAUAUCUCUCUGUUUCCACCAGAUCACCGAGCUCCUCUUGAGUUCUCCUUUCUUCUCUCAUCAUGUCUCGACAUAUUCGAAGCUCGUCUUCCACAGAAGACUGCCGACCAGGACUUCGGUCUACUCCAGGCCGUUGACGAGCGCCUCGCAAUGUAUGGCUGGCUCACCAACACGGGCGUCAAAUUUGUCAUCGUCGUCGACCUCGAGGGUCGGCCUGCAACAUCAAGUGAUAGUAGGAGUGUUAUCGCGGCCGGUCUGAGAGAUGCUGAUCUCAAACCUGCUUUCCGAGCAUUGCAAUCAGCGUAUAUCGGACUGCUAAGGAAUCCAUUCUACGAUCCGGAUGAGCACUCGCCAUUGACAGCGAAUGCAGAACAGAGGGCUGGAUCGACCCAGAUCACGAGUAAACGUUUCAUUAAUGAAGUGAAGCGUAUUGGAGAGGCAUGGGCACCAGGGCUGCAGAGUCUAUGA